AUGCCGGGAAAUCUUUCCGGCACCUUCAAUGUCCUACGGCUCUUUACUAACCCAUCCCUCUGUCUUCCGCAUCACACAAUCUCCACCUUCGAUCAGCUUCCCAUUCCCCUGAGCAGCGCUUUCGCAGGGAGACAUGGCAACGAAAAGCCCGCGGACAUCCGCGCAGUAGUCCUCGACAAAGACAACUGUUUCGCCGUCCCACAACAAAACCACAUCCACGAACCCUACAGCGAGAGAUUCCAACAACUUCGUCAAGCCUACCCGGGCUCACGACUGCUCAUCGUCUCCAACUCAGCGGGCACAUCGUCUGAUCCCAAUGGCGCCGAAGCGGAUUUGCUAGAGCGCAACACGGGCGUGCAGGUGCUGCGACACUCGACGAAGAAGCCUGGUUGCCAUUCGGAGAUUAUGGCGCAUUUCCGGAAUGCGCCUGAUUCGGGGGUGACGUGUGCGUCGCAGGUGGCCGUUGUGGGAGAUCGGCUGUUCACGGAUGUGAUGAUGGCGAAUAUGAUGGGGUCGUAUGGGGUGUGGGUGCGGGAGGGGGUGAUUGAGGACCAUGGACUGCUCACGCGCUUGGAGAAGGGCGUGUCGGGGUUCCUUUUGAGGAGGGGUUAUGUUGCUCCUGAUCCGAGGAGUGGGUUUGAGUGA